AUGUCUCUCAUUGAACGUGCUCCGCACAGCGAGAUGAGAAUUUCCUUUUAUGCUUAUAACCCCUCUCUAGCAGUGGCGAUUGUCGCUGCUGUCUUGUACACCGUUGCUUUUCUGUUGACGGCUGUACAAUGGAUCCGGUACAGGGCCUGGGUCUGGGGUAUAAUGGUGCUAGCAGCAGCCAUGGAAGCAAUCGGUUACAUUGGCCGAUGUGCCUCAGUCCAAAACACAUCGGAGAGACCCGUUUAUGUCCUCCAAUUUUCCCUCGUCAUCCUCGCACCCGUCCUCAUGGCAGCGUGUUGCUAUAUCAUAUUUAGUCGCAUUCUGUUUCUCAUCGUUCCUCAAGAGGCACUGACAUUUCGGCUGUGCUGGAUACCUCCACGAUUUAUUACACGUAUCUUCGUUGGGUGUGAUAUCGUUGCUCUGCUACUCCAGCUUAUCGGCGCGGUGAUGAUCUCUUCAGUCGAUGCCGCAGAUAAGGAUGCGAAAAACAAGCUCAACAUGUGGAAACACGUUGCACAAGCAGGUGUCAUUAUCCAGCUGGUUGCCUUUGGCUUGUUUGCAGUCGCAGCUGUCCGUUUCGACUUCACUUCCAAACGCUUCACUGGGUCUCUGAGUGAGCGAUAUGAGAAUGUUGGAGAGAAGGAGUACAUCAUUGAUGGUGUUGUCAAAGAUAAUAACUGGCCCGCUCUGUUGCGAGUUGUCAAUCUCACCACGAUAUUAAUUCUUGUUCGGUCUGUCUAUCGACUUGUGGAAUUCACCGAAGGCACGACGGGAUAUUUGAGCACCCAUGAGUGGCCCUUUUAUGUCUUUGAUACUCUGUGUAUCUAUCCGUGUGUUGCCCUUUUCAUCUACUGGCACCCAGGAAGAUAUUUGCCGUACUUGGGCUUUCGACUGCCAAAGGGUGCACACGGCAGCGGUGACUCGGAGGUUCAGAUGCGAUAA